AUGCCAGAAUCCUCUUUUGACCCUCAACUUUGUGCCAAGCUCCACAACAGGAUCCUGGAGCAUGCAUGGGUUGGUGCUGGACGAGAUCUCGCUUCGCUCCCCUCGACGAGCUGGUGGGAGGAGUCUUCUCCAAUUACCUUCGAUCUCGCUUCCCGGCUAAGCCCCAAGCUCAUACUGUUUCUACGACUGGCUAGAUCCGUGAUUUGGAGACCUAAUGACGCGGAUUUCCAUUUUUUCUAUUACCUGCGAGGCCUUGCGUCGAAAAAGGACCUUCUGCGAUUCUAUAUGUUAGAAUCGAGGGGUGAUCGAUAUGUGUGGCUAUAUCCAGGGUCAACGGUUUCGAGUGAUGACGAAGCUGGUAUCUUAUUCGACCAAAAGACCGAUUUGGCCGCCUUCUUCCCGGACUGGGAAUGCGUUACCUUCGCGGAAGAAAAAUUUCCAUGGAAGCCCCUGCAGCAUAUUCUCACGGCUUACCUAGAGAUGAUCGAUGAAAGAAAAGUCACAACAUACACGGACAAAGACAGUGUGUUGUUCAAACACUCAGAGCCAUGCUUUCCUUGGCAGAUGCAUCAAUACACCCAGUGCGAUAUUGAGAAAGCAACGACAGCUUUCACACGCCUGAUAAAUGCAAUUGAAUAUCGGAUCCCCUCAGAUAGACCUACUCACACCCCAUUGUCAAGCAAUUGGGUGACUGAACUUCCAUAUUCGAACUCAGUGCUGGAUGAAUGUUUCGUUCCGAGAGAUUCUUUCGUCCGAUCUUUUCUCUCAGCUCUUCCAGCUCGCAAUAUUAAUUUCCGUCAUAUUGCCCCAGGAAUCCGGAUACAAAGCCCAUCCGAAUUUAUAUCCCAGCCGUUCGCAGAUCGUCGCGAUAAUUUUCGAAGACUCAGCAAAAAUGAUCAGAAUCCACACAGCAUCCCAGUUCUCCUAUUCCGAGGUGAAGGGCUGAACAUUUCCCCUUGGAUCCGACCGUGGUUUCCUGACGAGAAAGCACUGGACAUCCCUGUUGGUUUAUAUAGUGAAUCUGUGUGCAAUUACUGGGCCGUGGAUUUUGGGAACGGGAGUAGGCUACUGCUGCCGUUUGAUCUUGGUGCAAAGGGAGCCCGCGCUGGUGGCUCAGCUGAGCUAUAUCAGUUUUUCAAUUUCAGUGGAUUUCAACCAAUGGAUUCAACAGGCGUGCAAAUUCAUAAGGUAUUUUUGAACUGGGCCGAACGGGUUGAAACGGGUGACUGGGAAGUGAACGAGGACGGGGUUGCGGGUGGAAUUGAAAAAUUCAAGGAGGCCGAUACCUCGGGACAUUGGACAAAGUAUCAGAUCCCGCUGUCUUGGUAA